GAUAUGCCGGUCUGUCACUCUCUCCUCUCUAUGGUGAUGUGCUUGUCUCUCUCUGUUUCCUCUCUAUGGUGAUGUGCCUGUCUCUCUCUCUCUCCUUUCUAUGGUGAUGUGCCGGGCGCUUCCGAUGACCCAAUUCCUGCCGGCUGACCCCUGAGUGUUCCCGCACGCUGAGCAGCAGACAUGUCCUCCCCCUCCGAGCUGCCCCUGGAGAUCGCGCUCAGCGAGGCCAGGAACCCGGACACCGAAGAGGAGGAGGAGGAUGACGAGGAGCUGGAUGAGACACUAUCAGAAAGACUUUGGGGCCUGACAGAGAUGUUUCCUGACAGUCUACGUAAUGCAGCUGGCUUCACAUUUGACCACUCCAUUUGUGCAGCCAAGAAAUUUUAUAGCUUUUCUCGCUCAGCGCUUUGGAUAGGAACCACUUCGUUCAUGAUUCUAGUAUUGCCAGUAGUGUUUGAGACGGAGAAAUUGCAGAUGGAACAACAGCAGCAGUUACAACAGAGACAGAUACUCCUAGGACCAUCUACAGGAAUGUCUGGAUCUCUCGCUCCACUUCCCGGGAAAGUAUAGUUUCUACAGUCAUGAAAUUUUUUUUUUUUUUGGUUUCCUUCUUUUUGAUGACUGGGAGAACAGGAAAUCGGAAGAUUGGUCUCCCCUCAGCCAACCCGCCUCUCUGUGCUCUGCGUAACCCCUCUCCAGUGCCAGCGUGGAAUGCUGCCAUCUGAAGGAAUGGGAACAUGAGCAGUACUUGGUCCUGUUGGUUUGUUUAGAGCACUCUGUUCCCGGGAAAAGUUCUUGCGCACUCCAACAGUCAUUCCAUUGCCACAUUUGGGACAGACAUUAAUACACCUGUUCAUUCAAGAUUGUAUGUCUGUGUGUGUAUAUUAUAGCAGGUGCCUUUCAUUGCUUUAAGGUUUAAAUAAAUAUUUUAGUUUUUGCCUCACAAGGUAUUGACUGAUUUUAGACCUAAUCGAUCUGUUUCUUAGGUCUUUACACUUCCAGCUUAAUCUUUUUCUGUGUUACUGGAAAUGUUCUUCCUAUCUGCAAGGAAAUAGUGUACUAUGCUGACUGACAAAUGGAAGCUGCAUGCCUGUUCAGAAGAAAUCCUUGCAUGAAUGACUACUUCUGUCUAUAAUUCUUACAAUAUUUUUUUUGUACCACUAUUGCAAAGAAAAUUCUUUCCCUAUAUGAUUCAUAUGAAUAAUCUGGUUAAUUAUUUCUUGUUCCAUUUCAUUCAUAAGCCCAGUAUACUGUUUUUUAGGCGAGUGCAAGGAGACAAAAAGGAGAGGCGCACUCAUGGGUAACAAUGUUAAUUGUUUAGCUGUAGACACCUUCAGGCUGAAGGGCUUUUAAUGCUUGAAUGGUUGAUUUUGCUGAACUCUUUCAAGCUCUUGUGUUUUCUAUUUUAUUUUCAAAAUAUUAAAUCUUAGAAUAUCAAA